CAGUUCGCGCGGCAGCCUCGUGCUCGGCAGCUUCCUCAGGAAAUUCACCGAAUGACACGCUGCGACGACUAAGCGGAUUAAAUGUUAGAUAUGGCGAUGGAGCGGCACGGGCAGCUCAACACGGCCGGAUUUCCACAUGGAAUCAUGUUAAUAUGAUUCACACGGGGCACACAGAGGCGACAUGAUAAUGAACUCAGCAGAACUCAGCAGAACUCAGCAGCGCUCGGCCCGAUCCAACGGUCGAUAUCCACACGCCAGAAGCAUCCACAGAAGAUCUGGGCCAGAAGUGCUCAACAGCAGCCUUGUUCAGGCCGUUCUGAAGAAUGGCUCGAUGCACAUAGAAAGAAUUGGCCACAUGUGAAUACAAUCCUCAUCGACCGACGAACGGACAGCCUGUAUAUGAAGGUCGACAGUGAAAGAAUGUGCAGAGAAACAAAAGUCCAAAGAGCAGAGAGCAAAAGGAAUGAAGCGGCCUCAACCACGGUCGAGCAGAAUCCCGUAUUCAGGUCAUGCGGUUUGGUAGGUCUCUCGCCUCUUUGCCGCUCUAGCAGCUUACUGACGACCAGUGACAGUCACCGGGUUGUGUUACACCUUACACGGGAGGAAGCAAGGCUAGGAAUAUGUCCGACUCUCCAAGGCUUGACAGUUGACAGCCACCACGCUUCGCUUGCAGUGGACAACUGCCGGGACAGGAGUGAUGCCUCACAACUCACAAGGGCUUUGACGGGAGCUGGAUUGGGUGCAGCACUGCAGAGGAACGAAAGGGGAGGGUGGUCCUGGUCCAGUAGCGGUACUUGUAGCACACUUGGACGCGUUCUGCGCUGUGGAGAGACAGGAAAAAACAAAAGGUUCGGGCGGGUUCGUGCUCGACUGCACGCGUCUGCACUCUGCAAACCGCAUUCUGUACGGAGUAACAGCCUGUACUAAUUAACAGUCGGCCGCCUGGAGCCAUUAUGAUAGG